AUGGAAACAAAAAACAAUAUUGAAUUUUAUUCACUAAUGAUCGAACAAGGAACAGGUGAAGCAGUUGUUAUUGCUAUUGGUGAUAAUAGUGUAUUAGGUAAAAUGUCAAAAUUAACUCGAAGAAAUACAGGAGAUGAAAUAACUGGUUUACAUCGUGAAGUGAAUCGUUUUGUUUUAUUUGUUGUACUUGCCACAUUAAUAGGUAUUACUAUCUUAUGGAUAACAUGGAGAGAAUGGUUAAAACAUCGACAUCUUGAACUUAUUAAUAGUACAAUUAAUUUUAUGUCGUCGAAAUGGUAUUAUUCACUAAAUUGA